CCUAGACCAUGUCCUCUGAACGUACUCCCCUCCUCGGCCAAGGUCACAGACCAUCGGGCUUGGCCAGCUCGCGUCCUCCCUUUGACAUCGAUGAGGACAACGAGGCUCUUGCCCAGGAAUCGCAAUUCUCCGCAAUCCAGGAUGCCACGGCAGGUGUGGACCCAAACUCGUCUGCCUUUAUCCCUCCCGAGGCAUCUCACUUCUCCAUCCACCCUGGACAGUCCUCUCUCGGACGCGUCGAAGAGGAAACUGUCGUCGAGAGCUCUUACCAGGGUGGAAGGACUCAGCGCGAGGCCCUCAUCAUCCUCGGAUCCAUGUGGAUCGGUACCUUCUUGGCCGCUGCCGAUGGAACCAUCGUCGCUACCAUCAUGGCCACUGUCGGAUCUGAGUUCCAGGUCAGCAAGCAGGUCUCGUGGCUCGGAACCUCCUACCUGCUCACCCAAACUGCUUUCCAACCUCUGUACGGCCGAGGAGCUGACAUCUUCGGACGAAAGGCCGCUACUCUGUUUGCUUCCUUCAUCUUCGGUCUCGGAUGUCUCCUUUGUGGUCUCUCGCAGACCUUCACUCAGCUCUGUCUGGCCCGAGCUUUCGCCGGUAUCGGUGGUGGAGGACUGACCACCAUGUCUACUAUCUUGACAUCUGACAUUGUCACCCUCAAGGCCCGAGGAACCUACCAGGGUCUGGGUAACCUUGUCUUCGCCGCCGGAGCAGCGUUGGGGGCUCCUCUAGGAGGUCUCUUGGCUGAUGGCCGCCUGGGAUGGCGGUUCGCCUUCCUGAUCCAGGUGCCCUUCUGCGCUCUCCACUUCUUUGCCGUUUCAUGGAAGGUCGACAUCCCCGCUGGACCCGGCUCCGUUAUCGAGAAGAUGAAGAGGAUCGACGUCUUCGGAGCCCUUUCCCUCGUUUCCGCUGUCACCCUCGUCCUCACUGGUCUCUCCCUCGGCGGCAAUCAGCGCGACUGGAACGACCCAAUCGUCUACGGCGCCCUGAUCGCUGGUGGCAUCCUGCUCUGCAUCUUCGUCGCCGUCGAGAAGUACGUCGCUCGGGAGCCUCUGAUGCCCAUGACUGUCCUCUUCCGCCGAACUCCUGGAUUCGUCGCCAUUGCCUGCUGGUUCAUCUCGAUGUCCCAAUUCGGCAUCAUCUUCAACGUGCCUCUCUACUUCCAGGCCGUCGAGGAGACUUCUUCGUCGUACGCUGGUCUGCACCUGAUUCCCAACGCCAUUGUCGCCUCGGCCUGCUCCCUGGGAUCGGGUUUGCUCAUUGCUCGAUGGGGCAGAUACAAGAACAUGCUCCUCAUUGGUGGAUUCUCCGCUUUCAUUGGUCCGUUUGCCAUGUGCUUCUGGCAGCGAGGCGUCACUCCCUCGUUUGGCUACUGGCUCACCAUGCCAUGGGGAGGAGCAGGAUACGGUUCCAUCCUCACCAUUACCCUCGUGGCCCUUAUCGCCUCUGUCUCGCCCACUGAGAUGGCCGCUGCCACCGGUGUCACCUACCUUUUCCGUGCUACUGGUUCGGUCCUGGGUAUCUCCCUCUCUGGCGCUCUGUUGCAGAACCGCCUGCAGCACAAUCUGGAGAUUGUCGGCCUCUCUCCCAAGACGAUUGCUGCGAUCCGACAGGAUGUGUCGUACAUCAAGUCGCUCAAGGGAGACAUCAAGGAGGAGGCCAUUGCCGCCAUGCAGUCUUCCUUCAGGACCGUCUUCAUCGCCAUUGCCGCUGCUGGUCUCAUUGCCUUCCUCGCCCUCUGGCCCGUGCCCGAGCACGAGCUGCCUGGGAAGACCAAGGUCGUGGCUCCUCGACGUGAAGAGGCCAUUGCCGAGGAGGACGAGCCCUAGAUGGCUACGAGGAAAUCGAUGAGGUCACCAUCGUAUCAUUAUCAUCGCCUUUUGAAUGCUCCGUGGCCGAUAUUCCCUUCUCCUCCUUGGGAUUCCUCUUAUCUUUCAGCUCCGCUGGAUUCACUACUACCACCCCUAGACUUGCCCCUCGGUCUCUACACAAGGGACGCUACUGUUCUCCCUCACCUAUCUCUCGCGCUCUCCUCCACCUCCUUCCUUUCUCUUACUUUCUCACUUGCCGCGUAGACUUGGAUUGCUCUGUACCGUGUUUCCACCCCGCCGUUUGGCACUUUUCUCAAGACCUCUCUAUAGCUAUCAAUUCGAUAUGCAGCGUC